AUGGCCAAAGCCGAAGGGUUCAUUCAUUCUUCACUCUACCCAUUGAGCGGCAUCAUUGGAAUGUCUCGCCUGUUUUUCUUUCUUCUGAACGUACUGGCUGUUAUCGUCAAAGCCGACUCAGAAGUAAAUAUCGACGAUUUGCUAUCCAGAUGUCCAAUCAUGAAGGCCUUCACGAGUGUAUUCUCACUUACUGUCUCAGAAUUGAAAGAAUUCAAGACUUUAAUGUCGCAAGUCAGCACGCUUGGAGUAGAGGAUGAAGCACAGUUCUAUAUCAUUUUUACGAGACUUCUGGAAGAGAGUCCAGUCUCAUAUAGAAAGUUAGAGCGGUACCAGGAGACCAGUUCCAGGCUUUCAAAAUUGAGCAGGAAGUUUGUAAAUCAGGUGUUUCUCGAAUGUCUCAAUCUGGUUGGAGUCACAACGCCAUCGGAUUUAAAGAAUGCUGGGAAGGCAGCCAAAAUGAGGCUCAGAGAGAAGUUUUCGCAUCUUGGUAGGAAAUCCAAAAAAGAGCUAAGAAGAGAGGUCCCAAAACUAUUGGCUGUUCUGCGUUAGAUUUACGGAGACUUUCUUUGCAA